AUGUCGAAAAACAAACGAACCCCGCCCUGGAAGCCAGAAGCUAACGACAUUAUCAUUCCAUUAAUGGGCCCAACCGGUGCAGGAAAAAGCACAUUCAUCAACUUGAUCGCAGGCAAGGAAGUAACAACCGUCGGUCACGACCUCAAGUCAUGCACGACCCAUCUCCUCCCAGUCGUCAUCGACUCUUUACCAAGCGAUUUCCUGAAGGGCAGAAGAUUAGUUCUCGUGGACACCCCUGGAUUUGGCGAUACUUACGUCGAUGAUGCUGAUGUCUUGCGCAGCAUCGGUUCCUGGCUUGAAACUAUGUACGAGUCACAGCAUUCGAAGCUGGCUGGUAUUGUUUACCUUCAUGACAUCUCAUUGGCACGCAUGCUGGGAUCAACUCUGAAAAACCUUGACGUCUUUCAGAAAUUGUGCGGAAAAGGCGCUCUGAAGCGUGUGGUUCUCUGCACGACAAAGUGGUCGGAUAUCUACCCGGAGGAAGGAGCGAUGCGGACUAAGCAGCUCGAAGAUAAUUACUGGAAGGAGAUGAUUGAGGGCGGAUCGACCGUUCAUAAAUUCGAGGAUUCUCAGCAAUCUGCCUGGGAUGUGAUUACGUCGAUCAUGGAGGAAGAUCGACAUGAAAAAAUGGAUGCUCUUCAAAUACAAGAGGAGCUGGUAGAACUCCACAAACUUAUUCCUAACACCGCGGCGGGUCAACAGCUGCGGUAUAGUCUCGACCAGUUGUUAAAAAGCUUAAAACAAGCUUCUAGCAAGGAUCCCUCUCGGCGCAAGGAACUUGAUGCUCAAAUCGCUGCCAUCCGCGAUCAAUUGAGGGUGAUGAGUGUCCCUGUUACCCAACGCAUCUGGGGAUUGCUCAAAUUUCAAGUCGACAAGAUUCUCGACAAAUCCAUGCUCUUGAAUGCCACUACGCCGGCACCCUCUACCGGUAACAAGCUCCUUGGCCCCGCCGUGGGCGCAAGACUAGAAGCAGAUGUCAAGAAGCUGAUCAUAUUACUUGGCGAAACGGAGACAUGCGAGAGACUGCUCAAGCUCUCUGCUGCUGAAAUAACUAAUUUUGGUGGUGAUGAACAGGCUACGACUGAAGUACGCUGUUGGUCUGUGAAAAAGGGGGGCUCGAGGCCUCUGUUUGUCGUCGCAGCUCCAAGCUUUCGUCUUCACCAAAGCGGCGACCCCACUAUCUUUGAGAAGGUUCGGACCUGGUUGAGGAGCUCAUGCCGCGAAGACAUGCAAUUUGGCAUCAUUUUCCUACAUGAUUCGGUUUAUCCACCACCCUCUGAAGUCCCCCAUGCAGGGUGCGCGUUGGAGUGCGUUAAACAAUCCGGAUUGCAAUCCAACAUCCUCUUUGCAACCUUCGCCAGCCAAGCCACGGGUGCAGUCAAGUACGGCUUUGACAGCAAUGUUGCUUCCUUUCAAGGAACCAGCGGACACACUACUCAGGAGAUGUUCGACACUGCCCUUGGCAUGCCUGUUGAACUUAGCCUUCUUCUGGAAGAACUGCAGACCAUCUCGGUAGGGGCCACCAACAGGGAACGGAAGCCGUUGAAAAGUCAGUUGGCUCGUAGUAUAAUACGCCUAUUCGAGGUGCCCUCUGCAACAGAUAAGUCACAGUCUGGCGACACGGCCUCGAAGAUUGGGAGUAAAACAUUACCCGAAACUCCCUCUCAAAGUGUUGGAGCUCCCAGUCCCGAGCCCUCUCAGCAUAACUUGAGAACCUCAUGUGACGAGGCAUCCCUUGUUUCGACGUCAGAUGUAAGGCCAGCCUCACCUCCACAUGGCGAGAAAUCUCCUCCACAGCGCACGCUUUCUCCCAAACCCAGGCCUUCUUCGUCGUCUUGCAAGGAAGUUCACGAGAAGCAAAAAGAGCCAUCAAUCCGUCAUUACAAUCUGAGCAUCCGUCUACCUUUUGGUAGGAGGAAGAAACGCCAAGAGUCGUUGCCCCCUCCUGUGUCGUCGCAUCUCACGCCUAUGGACGACGACGUCGAGCCUGUGAAGAAUUGA